CUCGCUCGCCAACUGAAAUAGUGGGACUCAAAACAAAACGACUCCUCCCGCCCAGCCCCCGCCAUUCUCGUCCGACGGCUCUGUGGUCAUGGUCUCUACAAUGGCGGAGCCGUUCCUAGGGUUAGGGUUCUCUAUUUUCUUCUGGAUUCUGAUUUCAACCUCAGUUGCUGCAGAUCCUUCGCUUCAGGAAUUCGAGGCGUUACAUUUCCCUUCGGAGCUUGAGCAGCUGAAGUCUAAAAUCUCGUUUCUUGAAUCAAAGAUUGACGAGAGAGACUAUGAAUUGAGAAAGAAAGAUCAAAUCAUUUUACAGUUGGAAAAAAUCAUUCGAGAGAAAUCAAACAAGGUUGUAACGUUAGAGAGUGAAAUUGCAUUUCUUCGGCAAAAAGGACCAUCAGACAGCAAGGAGCAUACGAGUAAGGAAUAUACACAUACACGGACAGAUGAACUUGAGAAGCAGGUCUAUGGAAGUUGUCGUUCUUGCUUUGCUGUUCUAUUAAAUCAUCUUCAGACUUUUUGGCAUGAAAGUGGAAGACCAGUGGCAAAUAAAGCAUUUUUUGAGCUACUGAAAAGGAAAGCUCAAGUACAGCAGUGGCUUAAGAUCCAAGUUGAAGUUAUUGUAACUGAACGGAUUCCAAAUUUGAUAGAACAAUGUUUGGUAUUUACAACCUAUGUCAAAUCCCAUGUUCGAUGUUGGGCUACUAAAACAGUUGAUAUGUACUACGAAGUUAAGAAUUAUGGUGUACCCCUGGCUCUUCAGUUUUUUCAGGAAUGGAUUCCAAAUUUGAUAGAAGAAUGCUUGGUAUUUACAACCUAUGUCAAAUCUCAUGUUCGAUGUUGGGCUACUAAAACAGUUGAUAUGUACUACAUAGCUAAGAAUUAUGCACUGGCCCAGGCUCUUCAGUUUUUUCAGGAAUGUAUUCGAAAUUUGCCAGAACAACGCACGGUAGUUACAACCUUUGUCAAACCCCAUGUUCGAAGUUGUGCUACUAAAACAGUUGAUAUGUACUACAAAGUUAAGAAUUAUGCGGUGCCCCAGACACUUCAGUUUUUUCAGGAAUGGAUUCCAAAUUUGAUAGAACAAUGCUUGGUAUUUACAACCUACUUGAAACCCCAUGUUCAAGGUUUUUCUACAAAAACAGUUGAUAUGUACUACAAAGUUAAAAAUUAUGCAGUGCCUCAGGCUCUUCAGUUUUUUCAGGUUCAUGGAGGUUGGUAUUCUCGCUGGUUUGCUGAUCGUUUAAGUCAUCUUCAGUCACUGUGGAAUGAAAAUGGAGGAGUGGUAGCUAAUAAGGCAUAUCAAAAGGUUUUGGAAAGUAAAGCUCAAAUAUGGCAGUGGCUUGGUAUCCACCCUUAGAUUAUUAAAAAAAUUGUGAGUUAUUAUCCCUUUUUACUCUAGUUCAAUCUGAACUAGUGUUGAGUUAAUUUAAUCAGUUUUCUUUAUUAAAAAAAAUAUGGAAAAACCGAUUGUAAAUUUAUUAGUGAUGAGUUAACAUUAUUUAGUUAUUCUACGUUUCAGUACUCGCAAUUGAAAGCUUGUGUUGUAAAGAGAAGCAAAUUAAAGUUAUAAUAAAUUAUAAUGUGGUGUUUUCUAA